AUGGAUCUCACAAACUCUGAUACCAUUGAAGAGGCCCUACACCGAACCUACCUCUUAAGACCGCGAGCACAACUAAGGAAGCUAACCAUACGGAUCCGAAAGAUUACGGCAAGGUUCGAAGAGGUAGCAUCGGAGGACACCUUAACACCGUUGGUGUUGGAAAGGCUUGAAAAAGAAAGAGGAGAACUCAUCCAAGAAAUCGACCGGCUGGAGGCGAAGUACGGACAAAGGGAAAUACCGCACUAUACAGCUCCACGGAUCGAUAGGAGUCCAGCUCACAGUCCAACACCUCCAAGAGCGAAUUCGGCAACAGAUGAAUCUGAUGAAAGGACGGACCCUCCUCUAACCGGGCAAUCUCCACUUAAACAACCGGAAGUAUCCGAACCGGGUGUCACAAAAGAAUGGGUUGAGAGCCGUAUUCAAGAAUUUGAAGACUCGGCGGUUACCUCAUUGGAGGAGAAAUUCAACAGAACUGUCAGCUCGGCACUCCGGUUCGCCAACACUACAAGGCAACUUCUAAUAAGAACAAGGGAACGGUUCUCAGAAAUCGAUGAUGAUCAACAGGAAGAAGCGGUUCUGCGCAGCAAACACCUUAAGCGAACCGUAAUUUUAGAGGAUACAACCUCCGAGUUAAAAGAGAACUUUGCCCGGCUUAAAAGAGAGACCGAUGAACGACUGACAGAGGUUGCCAAGGAUCUGGUCGGCACGACACUUGAUAGGGUCUCCGAUCUUGAGAAGAAGAAUGAGGGUCUCGAGGCCGAGCUCAAGGCGCUUAACGCACAAGUUGCCGAACUACUCAAUGCUAAGAUAAAUGCGGAUGUCGCGGCUGUAGAGGCUGAUGCCCGAGCGGCUAAGAAGAUCCAGGAUGCGCUGGACAAUGAAGCAAGAAAAGAGAAGGGGCCACCGCAACAUCCCGAAGAGGAGGAAGCCGAGCGAAUUCGAAGGGCAGAAGCCAAGUUUCCAGGAUUUGCAAAGAAGGCAGCCGCACAAGCUGCGAAGGAUGCUGCACGGUUAGAAAGGGAAAGUCAGAGGCUAGAAAGCUUUGCGGCCGAUAACAAAAAGAAAAAGGCGGCCUCUUCCGUUUCGGUUCCGGCAAAACGGAAAAGAGAAUCCUCGAAGAAAGCUCAGGUGGCCGACCUGCUGAAUGUGGUAACUGACACGGCUAUUGAGAGUAUACCGGACCCGGCUACCCACAGCGAAGAUGAAAUUGAAGAGCACCUGCAGCCCCGGUCUACAAGACCGCGAGUCUCCGGAUCGGCCAGUCGACCGCAACCAGCGAAGAAAAAGUGGAACAUAUAUGACUUCUCGGACUCGGAAUAG